AUGAAGGUUGUGGUCCUGUUUGCUCUUUUGAGUGGGGUCUUUGCCGCCCCAUUCAUGAAAGAAGAAGAGGCGAAGCGAUUCAUCAGGCUGAAGAGACAGUCAGGGUACUGGGAUCCACACCACUCUCACAACCAGUGGGGUUACACCAUUCAGGAACAGGCUAACGAGUACUGGACAGCCCUUCGAACUGACGCUCAGUACUACAUGGACAUGAGUAACCUGAUGUUUGACCGCUCUGUGGCUGAUGAAAACAACAGGCUGUAUAUGGAGAUGCUGCGCAAUGCACGAGCUCACCUGGACAGCCAGACAGGCCGGCAAAGAUAG